AGAUUAAAACACCAGAUAUGCUCCAGUCUUUACUACAACCAAGAGAUAAUCAACGGUUGGCCGUCCGGCAUGAACGGCGGCGGAACGAGAAGCGGGGUGGGGGUGGAGGCCGCCGCCCUUCCCAGCUGCCCCUCCAGCUGGGACAGCCUUCUCAUGGAGACCCUACACCGUCUCCGGACCACCACCGAUUCAGGAAUGAGCUGUAUUUUUGCGGACGUUUUUCGCAGGUGGCAGCCCUGCACGCUGUAGUCGGCUCUUUGCUACUUGGCGUCGUUGUGCUGGUGGUAGGGCUGGUGCAGUUGUCCCCGGGAGCUGAAGCCGCACAGCAUCGCUUUUACCUGAUGGGGGCUGGCGGCGCGCUCUUCGGCGCUGGCGUGAUCGGCGCUAUCCUUAGAUGCAUAUGCAUUCAUUGGUACAACAAAAAAUACCGCGAGGAAGCCGAAGAGGAAGAGGAGAGAGAACACGCUCCAGCCCACAACAACGGAGUUAGCACGGUCGAGAGCGGCCACGGCCACGGCCACGACCACAAACCGGACCACAAGCAUGACAAAUCCCACGACCACAAGAAUGAGAAAGACAAACCGAAACUGAAGGCACAGCCGAGCAUGGGACGAGAAGCCGAUUUGAUCAAGCAACCAUCAGCUACAAGUGACACUUAAGCUAAGUCUUGACCAGUAACUUAGUGUAAUUUAAAAUAAACGUUCGUAUUAUGCCGCUGUUCCGUUUAUUUAAGGGUGAAUGCGGUUGGCCUUCUUUUCAUUUCAAUCGUGUUUAGUAUGUUUAGGAAAACAUCCCUUUUCCAUUUCAACAGUAUGGACGUUGCAUUAACCCUUUGUUAAACUCACUUCCAUAAUAGCUGCUUUUAGGAAAUUAUAUGACUAUGCUCGAUUGAUUUUAUCUUAUCCCAAUGUAGUAUAUUUUAUGUUACUUAACGUACUCCAAUUUAUAUUCGUAUUCGGGUCGGAGGUCCAUUGGUACGUUUUGAAAUCUGCCUUUGUCUUGUGAGUUAUAAAGAUUGCGAGCUGGUCCUUCAGAACGCAACGGUGGACCUCCAGUAUAAGAAUUUUGUAUGUAAUAUUGUGUGUAUUACAUGUUCUCUUAGAUACAAGAGCUUUCUUCAAAGAUUUUUCUUCCACCUUUCCUUCGUUCCGCUUCGGUUUUCAACUAUUUUCAAGAUGACUCUGACUUUCUUUACACUUAUUAGUAUACUUCCUCACUGGUCACUCCCGUUCAUUCCAUCUGCUUCUAACACUACAUAUCAAAAGCCUAUAAAUAUGACGUAUCCGUUGUUGUCCAUGUUUCUAGUUUCUUUACGCUCGUUAUACUUUCUCAUUUGUCACUAUCUCUGUCCAACUAAUUCUUUCCUUCCGUAUUAGGUGUUAAAAAAAUUCGAGAUUACGGAAUGCUUGGACGUCAGGGUUUCAGAAACUUCAAGGUUAUUCAUCAGGACUAUAGUGUCCGUGGUUACCCAAUGUUAAACACGAUAAAUGGUAAGAUAAAAUUGUUAUAUAAUUAUCUGUGUUGGUUGAGAUUCGACGAAUAUUCAUCAUGUUAAAAACCAAUUGUUCAUUACUUGCGUUUAUUUAAUUUUUCACCUUAUAUUGUUUAGUAUUGUGACACAUUUUUGGAACUAACGAAGGCCACCGCGAUGUGUGAUUGUAUCGAGCGGUUCGAACGCGCGUUUGACAUUGUAUGAGUCUGGUGCAUGCAACAAUGUAUGAAAAAACAUGCAGACAUAUGUAUAUCGUACUUCGCGUAUUUAGUUUAAGAAAUACUCCUUCCAAUCGGUUCAUGUAAUCCAUUCAAGUCCCAUUGUAUAUAAAACAAAGCUCAUUAUAUAUUUUAUAUGUAUAAAACAGAGUUAUUUACAUAUCAUUUUAAUUAGGUCCUACCCUUAAUAUCAUUCGGUGAAUUGUUUUCAUAUGAACGUGGUUAUUUGAUCACUUAUUACAUGGUUCAUUCAUUAUCAGAGAUCGGUAGUCAGAUUAUAUUUGCCUAAACUUGAAAGAAGUAAUAUAUACGUAUAGAGUGUAGAGCUCGAAAUUAUUGUAUUUUGUUCUAUAUUUUUAAAAGUAACUGACAAAUAUUUUACGACUCAUAUUUCGUGGAACGCUAAAAUAAGGUUUAAUUAUAAUGACAACGUUUAGUAACCACUCCGGCCACAUAUACCAGAACGUUUCAGCAGAAAAGGCGAUUGGAGUUAUUCUUUUUCGAAUUCAACGUUCUGGUAUAUGUGGUUAGUGGUCCUAUGAACGUUAUUAUCAGGAUUUAGCCAUUUCUCAGCGUUUCUCUAAAUAUGUUAAUGAAUGCAUUUUGUUUUGAUUUUUUAUUAAUUCCGUGAAUUGCUUCCACAAUGUUUUGGAAUAUACUCUUCCUAUACCAAUCUCUCUUCAUUACAAUUGUUUGUAAAUUUUCGUCAAAUUAUUUUAUAUACCUAUUAAGGUUUAGAUUUUGAAAACUUUACAAUUUUAAUCCCAAUUUCUAUUUGCUUUUAAAGUGUAUAAAAUUCGGUGUUAAUGAUGAAAAUUUAUCAGUCAAUGGACCACAGUAAACAGAGGAGCGAUAUAAAUCAUUUAAAAAAGCAAAUCGGUUUAUAAAAAUCAAGUUAAAGUAUAUCUUUAUAAGCCUGACCGUCCGCAGAACAGAAGGUAUUUAUUAAAUGAGUAUGUACUAUCGAAAUAUAUAUCUAUAGGAGUAAACAGGUUGCGAGGCAAGGGGUCGCAAUAGAACGACAGGUCCGGAAGUUUGAGGCAAGCCUCUUUGUGUGCAUACGCACUAUGUGCAUUCAAACUGCAUAGCAAUUACAACGCAAUAAAAAUGGAAGCAAAUUAAUUUGCUACUCCACGAACCCAGUGAAGGUUAAAUCGUGCAAAGUAGCUGCGCUUGUGUUGAACAUUGUUUCUUUUCAUGCAGUUAAUUUUCCCACCCUC